AAUCAUCAAGUUCCCCCAUCUUUGAUUCUUCAAAAUCCAUUUCAACCCAUGUUUCUCUCACUUUCUCUCUCCAAAAACUAACUACAAACCCUAGAAAAUUAGAAACUAAAACUAAUUAUGUACAUGGUUCUAUGUCAUGACCUAAAAUUGGUAUUUAUACUAAAGCCUAAAAAAAAGGGAAAUAAAAAAAAACAAAAAGUAAAACAAAGAAAAAUCUGAAAAUCAUUAAAAGAAGAAUUAAGAAAAAAAAUAAAAAGAAAAAGGAAAAGGGGACAAAAGAGAGAAGACUAAAAGAAGAAGAAAAGUUAAAAUAGGACAUCAGAUUCCAAAAAAAGGAAAAGGAAAAGGAAUUAGAGUCCCCUCCAUUUCAAAUACAAUCAGACCCCAUCUCUUCGUCAUUCCUUCCUUCGUCGUUCCUCCCAAUUAAUGGGGUUUUGAUCCCCUUUCUUCAAUUCGUCUUCUUCUCGGUGUACCCCUUUUACACCAUUCAUCAUCAUCAUCUCAUCAGCCAUCAUCAUCACCGUCCACCCCUCAUCAUCUAUCCAUCAUCAACGGUCCAUCAUCUAUCAUCCAAUUCAAUUCAAGGGCUCAAAUUUCUGUUCAUUAUCAAUCCAAUCCUAGGGCUCCUAGCCCUCGAAUUCGAACAGUGUACGGCGGCAAAUUGAACGGCUUAGCACCACCACCUUCACGUGAAAUCAUUAAUUCCGUACCAAUUUGAGCGAUGAAACAGGUUCGGUCGAAUUAAUUAGGUGUUCGGUCGGACCGAAUUGUGAUUUGGGCGAACUCAUGGAAGGUUCGGUCGGACCCGACCUUUGCACGAACUCUAAAUUUUGGGUUCGGUCGAACUCCGUUACGGGUUCGGUCGAACCCAAAUCCUCUGUUUUUAUCUCUGUUUUUCCUCUGUAAUUGGCGAUUGAGAUGCGUUUUGGUGUUGUAUGGUGGUUCGAAUUGAUACUCUGGUUGUUGCGUGAUGGAGUUAGGUGUUGUUUAUGCCAAAAUUCGUAUGGAGACGACUUUCGGCUAGGAUCGACACUAACUAAGCAAAGAAUUAAUAACACAAAUAAAGGAGACACGACACCGAGAAGUGUUGACGCGGAAAACCCAGGAAUAAGGUAAAAAACCGCGGAUAGCUAUGAGGCUAUCAAUCCACUAAGUAUUCUAUAUGAUUGUUUAUGCUCUUCUUUUCUGAGAAUUGAUAUCGAAGAUCUAAAGUACAAUGAUGAACGCUAAAGACAGUUGAUAGCUUAAGAGUUUAAGUGCUUGAGUGAAUGUCCCUUCAUCACGCCGUUCUUUAUGCUUUUAUAUGCCAAAUGCUAACGGUUCUAUUGGUUGGGAAGAUCCCUGGAAGAUAGGGAUUCCUCCUUGGCCGUUGCUCACGUCUUCAACAAACUCCCUAAUCUUCGGUCAAAGCUUGGACCUCUUCCCAUCUUAUGACGGCGUGGCCCAUGUUGGGCUUCUGGGCUUGGAACUUGACCUAUCUCCUCUUUGUCGCCAGAGCCUUGUCGCUGGUCUUACGUCGCCCAGGCUUUGUCGCCUGUCGCUUCGCUCGACAGGCUCACUUGACACGACGCCACCUGCGACACGAUGAUACCUGGAUGGCACGACAAUAUCAGACGUCAAAGCAGUUAUGUCGUUAGUCCAAUAAAGUGGGAUAACAGUUUGCCCCCAAUUGUGAGUUUGCGGAGUGCAUGCAAAGCAAAAGAAACAAUUCAAAAUUCAAAAAGUAAACCGUCUACAACCGUCCAGUUCGUGGGACGGAACCGUUCCGAUUCUCGAAGUAAUAAAUGCCAAUUUUUCGCGACAUGAAAUAAAGUGUCUUAGAAUUUUUCGAAGGAAGUUUCCAGAUCUGAAAACAAGAGAGAGAAAAGGAAGGGAGGAAUUGCUUUCGUUGCUUCGAUUUAGCCAUACCCAGGUAAAAUUUCGAUCAUUUCCUUCGAUUUUCUUGUAGAUUUUAGUAGAGCGAUGGCAAAAACUAGGCCGACCGUGGUUAAGGAUAAGGAAGAUGUUGGGGUUAGUCGGGCCAAGUCACUCAACCCGUUCUACUCUACUGUUGAGGAUCCAGCGGCUUUUAUAACUCUCGCCGGUCUGCCGCCGUCGGCUGAAGUGAGGAUUCCUGGUCAAGAGGAUGAGGCCAAGGAUUGCCCGGAGGGUUAUGUGGUCAUGUAUGAGUACCCUUUUAUUCUGGGGUUUUUGUUUCCUUUUACACCCUUGGCUAGAUCUUUUGUUGAGGUGUUCAAUUUAAGCCCUGGCCAAUUGAUGCCCCAGAUCUGGCGUAUUUUUACUGUAGUGCAUAGGGUUACUUCGGGUUGUCGAACACCGUUUGACUUGGCUGAUCUGAUGCAUGUUUAUGAUUUAUCCUUGAAGGAGUGUUGUCGGUAUACUUUGGUGACGAAGAAAAAGAAGAAGAAUUUGUGUGUCGGGUUAGCUGUAAAUGAUAGGGGUUGGCAAAGUCGUUUUGUUUAUGUGAAUAAGGCGUCUCUAGGAGAAGUAGGAAACUUCUUAGUGGAAGGGUGGACGACGGAAGUUGUUGAUACGUCGUUAGCUGGUCUGAACUCUGACUCACGAUAAGUGUUUGAGGUUUCUGGGUUGUUCUGUCGUGGAGAGAUCGUUCAGCCGUGACGGAGGUCGUUUGGGAAGUCAAGAGGGGUGUAACACC